GUCUCGGCGCGGAAAAUGGCCGGCGGCGUGGACGGCCCCAUUGGGAUUCCGUUCCCCGACCACAGCAGUGACAUUCUGAGUGGGCUCAACGAGCAGCGGACACAAGGCCUGCUGUGUGACGUGGUGAUCCUGGUGGAGGGCCGCGAGUUUCCCACGCACCGCUCAGUGCUGGCGGCCUGCAGCCAGUACUUCAAGAAGCUGUUCACUUCAGGCGCCGUGGUAGAUCAGCAGAACGUGUACGAGAUUGACUUCGUCAGUGCCGAGGCGCUCACAGCUCUCAUGGACUUUGCCUAUACGGCCACGCUGACUGUCAGCACAGCCAACGUGAGUGACAUCCUCAGUGCUGCCCGCCUGUUGGAGAUACACGCCGUGAGCCACGUCUGCGCCGACCUCCUUGACAGGCAGAUCCUGGCAGCCGAUGCGGGCACUGAUGCUGGGCAGCUGGACCUGGUAGAUCAAAUUGAUCAGCGAAACCUCCUCCGUGCCAAGGAGUACCUCGAGUUCUUCCAGAGUAACCCCAUGAACAGCCUGCCCCCCGCAGCCGCUGCUGCAGCUGCUGCCGCCGCCAGCUUUCCAUGGUCAGCCUUUGGCGCAUCUGAGGAUGACCUGGACGCCACCAAGGAGGCCGUGGCUGCAGCUGUGGCUGCUGUGGCUGCAGGUGACUGCAAUGGCUUGGACUUCUAUGGACCUGGCCCCCCGGCUGAGCGGCCCCCAGCCGGGGAUGGGGACGAGGGCGACAGCAACCCGGGUCUGUGGCCAGAGCGGGAUGAGGAUACCCCUGCAGGGGGCCUCUUUCCACCCUCCGUGGCCCCUCCAGCUGCCACACAGAACGGCCACUAUGGCCGGGGUGGGGAGGAGGAGGUCUCACUGUCAGAAGUAGCCCCAGAGCCAGGGGACUCUCCUGGUUUCCUGUCGGGAACAGCUGAGGGUGAGGACGGCGAUGGGACCGAUGCGGACGGGCUUGCGGCUAGCACACUGCUACAACAGAUGAUGUCGUCAGUGGGCCGGGCGGGGUCAGCGGCGGCGGGGGACAGCGACGACGAGUCCAGGGCAGAUGACAAGGGUGUCAUGGACUACUAUCUGAAGUAUUUCAGCAGUACCCAUGACAGCGACGUCUACCCGGCUUGGUCGCAGAAGGUGGAGAAGAAGAUCCGGGCCAAGGCCUUCCAGAAGUGCCCCAUCUGUGAGAAGGUCAUCCAGGGCGCUGGCAAGCUCCCGCGGCAUAUCCGGACCCACACCGGUGAGAAGCCCUAUGAAUGCAACAUCUGUAAGGUCCGAUUCACCAGGCAAGACAAGCUCAAGGUGCACAUGAGGAAGCACACAGGUGAGAAGCCGUACCUGUGCCAGCAGUGUGGGGCGGCCUUCGCCCACAACUACGACCUGAAAAACCACAUGCGUGUGCACACCGGCCUGCGGCCCUACCAGUGUGACAGCUGCUGCAAGACCUUCGUCCGCUCCGACCACCUGCACAGACACCUCAAGAAAGACGGCUGUAAUGGCGUCCCCUCACGCCGUGGCCGCAAGCCCCGAGUCCGGGGCGGGGGGCUCGGGGGACCCGACCCUGGCCCUGGGGCCACUGCACCGCCCAGCGCCUCCGCCCCACCUGGCUCCCCUGAGGCCCGGCGCAAUGGCCAGGAGAAGCACUUUAAGGACGAGGACGAGGACGAGGAGGAGGCCAGCCCUGAUGGCCUGGGCAGGUUGAAUGUAGCGGGUGCUGGUGGAGGGGGUGGUGAUGGGGCCACUGGGAACCCUGCCGACGGCAGCUUCGCGGCUGGACUCGCCUGAAAACCAAAAAGAGAAAACAAACCCGAGAGAGAGAGAGGAGAGAGAGAGAGAAAAUCACCCACCACCCCCCAAAAAAC